AACCCUGUUCUAUUGUGGUCAUCACGAUGAUUGUAUGUAAGUACAAAAUGGAUAAGGGAAUAUGGAGUUAUAAAUGGGUUUCUACUGCAAGGAAGUAGAGCUAAUAGAGCGCUCAUCUUUUAGUCCCUUCAAUUCGCCGACUGCCGUGCAAAUGGCCAAGGAGCAUGUGGAACGGGACUAUGCAGUCGUGGGAAGCUGGGAGGACACAAACGUUACAUUGACCGUCCUCGAGCGCUAUAUACCGCGAUUCUUUCGCGGCGCCAAGCUGAUGUACGAGAUGAACAAUAACAAGAUCGUCAAUCGGAACAAGAACAAACGAAAGCCGUUCAUAGAGCCCGAGGUGAAGGCUAUGAUACGCAGGAAUUUCACGAAUGAGUACGAGUUCUAUUACUUCUGCAAGCAGCGUCUGUACAAGCAGUACUUGGCCCUCAACCUCAACGAGCUGGAAAGGCAUGGUCUUCUGAAUUAGUUGGGAGAAUUAACUGGGAGGCUAGACUAGACGUUAGCUGGUGAUAUACAAAUACUUUCGAACAAAUUUCCACUUAAAUAAACAGUAGAUACUUUAGACUAGACCACACUCUGUGUACUCUGUAAAUCCAUCUUGUGUGUCUCAUCCUUUGUUGUGUAGCAUGGCCCCGUACCGCUUCUAAACCCUAACCCUA